CGCUGUGCGCGCGCGUCACAUCGAACCGAUCAAUCUAUCCUGAGGUGAAUUGCAGCCUUGAAACUGACUUGAACCUUUUCUUUGGACCUUGUUUGUUGGAAAAUCUAACGGAAUAUUCAUUCAUCAUGAACGGGGAAGAUACUGAAAACGUUGAGCAACUGGAAAAUAUGAAAAUCGAAGACGGAGAGGAGAAUGCGACGGAAGUUCAACAAUCGAGUGAACCCGCUGCUGGCGAUGCGAAUGGUCAGGCUGAUGGUGAUGGUGCUGAACAAGAGGAAGACUCGGGGGACCUGCCCAUUACUUUGUACAUUAAGGCUGGAGUUGAUUCUAAGAUAGCAGAUUGUCCGUUAUGUCAGCGGUUGUUUAUGAUCAUUGUCCUGAAGAAAAUCAAAUAUCAAGUCUGCACAGUAAAUAAGGACAUCUUACCAGCAGAAUACAAGAAAAUAUUAGGAAACACACCGCCUCCUGUGUUAGUGGAUCCAAACGUUCAGACUGACAACCCUCUUGGCAAGGUUAUCGAUGACAUCAUCAAGGCAGAGCAUUACCUAGAGUCUGUGUUCCGACCAAAACUUGAAAAUUCAAACCCAGGCGCCAAGAAAGUUGGCUCAAAUGUCUUUAGUAAAUUCUCAGCAUUGAUGAAGAACCAAGACGCAUCUAAGAGGGAUACUCUGAUUCACAGACUAAGAACAGAGCUUCAGAAACUUGAUGAUUUCUUGAAGGAUACAUCUGAAGAUGAUGAACUGUCUCCAGGACGCUGCCUCGAAGGGGAUAACUUCACGCUAGCAGACUGUGAUCUCCUACCAAAACUUCACCGUGUUGAAGUCGCAUGCAAUAAGUAUUUCAAGUUUGAUGAAGUAAUGGAGGGUUUCGAAGCCGUUCAGAGAUACCUUGAUAACUGGAAGGAAACGCCCAUCUACCAAAUCGUCAAGUACGACGACCGAGAAGUCUACAACACCUACCGUACCGUGGUCAUGAGAUCAGAGCAUCGGCCGGGGGCUGGAAGACAUUAAACCAGGCCGGAGAAGAAGCUAGGGAAGAGGAAAGAUCCACCAACUUGGCAUGAAUUGUAUUUUAUAUGAUGUUUAACUAUUUGCCAUUGCAAGGAACUAUUUCAUAUACAGCGUAGCUUGGAGCACAGCUAGUAUGUGAUGAUGGAAAAUAUGUGACACUCCAAAACAAUCUAAUGUCAUUGUGUAGAUUGGUUCCAUAAAUCUUUUUGAAAACAAUACCCAUCAUUAUGAUUAUGUAUACAACUUUUCAGGUAUUCAAUAUGUUAUUCUUCAGUUCAAAUAUGUAUUUUAUUGAUGUCAAUGUUCCUCAACUUGUAAAAUUAAGCCCCAAACUUUGAGAUUUUUUUAUCUUGAAGGGGGAAUUAAUUUUGAAAGAGCCAUCGUCCAUUGCAUGAAAUGGACAAGCAGGCUUUUUCUGCACGUGAUGUUCUAACGUCAAUGAAAGUAAACUGAUAAUUUGAUUGAAUGAUAAUUGGUUCUGUCAUUUGAAAACCAUGGGCUUGUAUUGUGAUAUAUCAUUUCUAAAAUCAUGUAUUGAAAUGGUGGUAUGGGUCUUGAGUGCAUGGAAUUGUGAGUAAGCAACAUUGCAUUAUAGUGCUCAACUGAUUUUUAGUCAGUCAAAACUACAGCGUGAUAUCUUAUAUCAAACAUAUACAUGUACUGUAUAUUUGUACUUCAUGAAAUGAAUGUUUUAAAUAGGUCAUAAGAUACAAAUAAAGAUAAUAGAAAUAGAAAGUUCUUAUGUUGAAAAAAAGAGAGACUUGAAAGAGCAAAAAUCGAGAAGGAAUAUUUGCUGGAAAUUUGAAUUGCCCAAUUGUAUGAAAAUGGGAGAAAAUAACAAUCAUUUGUUAAUGAGAUUAAAAUCCACACUCAAACAUUUUUAUCAUUAUUUCUUGAUCAUACAAGUCAAUAUCAUGAAACAUUAAAGAGAUAAAUUUUGUUGUGUAUUCAUUUAUUACAUUUUUAUCAUUGUAAUCGAUCUCCAUUGGAAUGUUAUUGCUGGGGAAAUCAAAUAAUGUCCAUUUCUAGCUUGCAGCCAUUUUUGUUUCAUUUCAUUGUGUAUUUUCCACCUCAAACAUCUGUCUUUAACAUCCAUCUAUUAUAAUGAUCAAGGAUGAUGAUUUCAUUUCAAUUAUCAUUGGUCUGAAGUGUUGCCUAUCAUUAAACCCUUACAUAGUUUACAUUUUGCAAGACAAGAUAAGAAUAUCUUGAUAUCACUUUACAUGUGUUGUCAGCUUGAAAUUUCCUCAAAUAUAUGCAGUACUCGAAAUUUCAAAGAUUCAUAUCUGCCAUGAGCCAAAGACAUUGAGUGAUUAAACUUUACGUGUAUUCUUGAUCAAUAGACUGGACCAGUAAAUUCAUCUUUCUCUGUCUCUUCAUAAAGAAAUUCCUGUAAAACUUAAUUGUGAAUAAUUUUUCAGUCAGAAUGAACCAAUGUCUGGUGUAUUUUAGAUCACAGAAAGAAUAAUUAUGUACAAAAUGAUGGUGCCAAAUUUACUGGUUAAAAGCAGUCUGUAAUUAAUACUGAAUUUGAUUAUGUUAUGCAUUUAUGGCAGUCCGUGAUUUUAGAUUUAUAUACAGCAUGAAUACGAGCUUUAUGUACAACGUAUCCAGCCAUUUCACCCAGAGUUAGUUUUUUUUUAAAUUCUCCCCAAACGGUCAUCCUAUGUGUAGCUUAAAUUUGAUGGUAGGAGAAAAAUACGGUAUCAUUUUCCAGUUAUUCUCCAAGGUGAUUACCUUGGUUUUUGUGGUUUGCAUUAAAAGCGAAGGGUAUUUGAAAGAGCAUGUAUACUCUAACACAACUGUAUGUAAAUUCAUAUUGAUGAAAGUCAGGCCCAUCAAUCUUUGUGUUCUAUUUUCCAUAUAUUCCUCAUUUAUGUAUAAAAGUCAACUUACAUGCUUAUUUUUUUAUGGUUCUAAUUGUUUAUCAAUUAAAAUCUAUAUGUUCUAGUAUUAAAAAAAAAAUCAUGUGGUUUGAGCCUUAGCAAGUAAAUAACAAUACAUUGUUCAUGGAAAAAAGAAGAAAAAUGAGGAAUUACAUAAUUAUUUCCCUUCUACUUAUUGAUCUUCAAAGUAAAUUUGAUAAUUGAUAUAAAAUGUAAUCAUGAUAACUGGAAAAAAAUGUUUUUGACUCAUGAAAAUUAGAGAAAAUUGAUUUUGUUGGAUAUAAUCAGUAUAUUGAUGAAUAUGUCUGCAUGUAAAACAUGAUAUUGUCAUUUCAAAUAUGAGCUCAUACUCUACCUGGGUGGAUGUUUUACUCAUUUAUCUUUGUGAAGACAAUGAAUAGUUUCAAAUAAUCAAAUUUGUACUAUUUCAAUUUCAAUUCAAUUUCAAUUUAUUUUCUCAUAAAAAUCCAUACAAAAACACAACAUAUACAAAGCAUCUUAUUAACAAAAUAGAAAAACACCAACAACAAAUAGAAAUAAACAUUGGAUUGAAUAUGAGAGGGACAGCAAGAAAGGAACAAGCCUUGUGAUUAGCUGACCCUAUAACAUAAUAAUCCUACAAAGACUUUAAUAACAAAGAACAAAAAAAUCACUAAACUACAACAUAAAGGGAGGGGGGUUGCCUAAUAUGCCUAAAUUAAAUUUAUACAAACAAACUUUAUGAAUAACUAUUUAAAAUAAUUUAUGUGAAUGUAUCAGAAAAUGAAUUAUAUAUUCUGAAUAAUAAAGACAUUUGGUAUCCUCAAUUAUAUCAUAAAAACGAUAAAUCUCUGGUGGUAUCUUUGGAAAUGUGAAGUUCAGCGAAGCACACCGUGUCUAUUUUUGUUUUAUUCAUACAGUAUUAAGGUCUCCUCUGUCUUACGUAUCCAACCUUUAAGACACUUUUAAUAUAAACAUUCAAUUCAGCUGCAUUUAAUGAUGAUGUUGUAGACUUUGCAUCUAUUAAGAUUCAGGCACUUAUAAAUGAUAUAUUGCAAUGUUUAUCCAAGAUAUCAAUGGAAUGAUUAUGUUCUGAUCAAACAAUAUUUGGGAGAUUGUAUACAUAAUGUUCAACAACUGAAUGGAAAUUCCAUGUGGAUGUGUUAUAACAAGUCUUUAUAAAACAGAUAUUCUUCCUAAAAUAACAUAAACAGAAGUUAAUACCUCGUAUUUUCCCAAACUUUCAUUUAUUUCUGAUGCCCUGAAUGAAUGAAUUUGUGAAUGCUAUAUACUUGAAAAACAGCAAGGACAGAAAAGAAAAAAGAAGAAGAAAGAUUAAUAAUUAUUUGAUAUUUUUGUUUACAGGAAAAACUUUGUCAAAAGUGAUACAUUAUGGUAAAACAACUCAUUUGUUUUACAAUGAACUUGGAUUGUAUGCAUAGUUCUACAGUAUUGUAAUCUAGAUAGGUACAGAAUGGAUUUAAGACUAAAUGGUAAUUGUUGUGGGAGCACAAUUCAAGGACUUGACUUUAUUUGUUUAUAAUUAUAACUUGCUACUCUCUUUGUAUCUUUAUUUUAUCAUUGCUAUUCACUGUAAAAAGAUAUUUCUUUGAAAAUGAUUGAUGCUAAUUCUGUUAGAUAUUUUUUUUUCCCACCAUCACCAAAAAGUGAAAAAGGAAUGACUUUACGAAGGUGAUACAUUGAAAUGACCGUAUUAACCAUUUAUUCAUACUAUUAGUAACUCAGAAUUCAUUCUAGAUUGUGUAACCAUGUAAAGUUUUGUUGAUAUUAAAUCUUGUAAAUAGAUAUUGCACUUUGAUCAUGCAAGUUUAAAAGAUAAUGAUGUACAUUUAUGUGCCUAUGAUUUGGCUUUUUUGUGAUGAAAUGGUGUUAUUUUUCUAUUCAUUUAUUCUAUAAGCUGUCAAUUCUAGCUGUAGGUUUCUUUAUUGUGAACAAUAAUUAGUUUCUAGGUGUAGUAGAACAUUGUUUACUUCUCAUAAAAUCAUAUUGGGUCUUAGUUUUUUGACAAAUAUUUAUAUGUACAGAAACCAUUUUAUUUUCAUUCAGGAACAUAUAGUUAUAGACCCCCUUCCUCUUAAAAAUCAGUUAGCCCAAAGCUUCUGAAAACCUUCUGAUCUUGAAAUCAUAUAAUGUUCAUUGUGCUUUAUCUGUAUGAAGUCAAGUUCCAUUCGUAAAAGCCUUAUAAAGCCUUAAGAUGUAUGUCAGUUGUAUAUGUAGCCUAAUUUCUUUAUGUAACAACAAUCCAAUGAGGCAUGCAAAGAAUAUUGAUUUCAUAAUUUGGUGUUUGUAUACAGAGAUCUUUUGUCUUUAUGGCUCAUAUUUACUCACUGAAUAUUUUUAGUUAGACAUUCUUUUAGAUUUUAGAUAAAAUGAGAGGCGUGAGUAAACUUGUUCCCUGCAUAUAUAUCCAGUACUUAAACUUGUACUAAAAUGAGGAGUACUAUAUGAAACCAAAUACAAUCUGUAAUGCUGUUGAUUGGUUGUCUUGAGUUUGAAAUGAUGUGUUAUACAUGCAUUGAAAUCAUUUGUGGCAAAAAAUGUAUUU